CCAGGUCACACACCGCGUCCCACCCUCAUUGGGUGUGAAGUUCAGGGGUGGGGCUGCAGCUGGAGCUAUAAAAACACUAAUAGGGAAAAACUAGCUUCUUUGUCUUUCAAGAGCCUGCCUGCCGCUCAGCCAGUCAAGCAAGGGGGUGAGGAGCCCGGGGUCCACUCCCAGCCCAGCUGGACCAGAGCCAGGAGGGGGCCACCUCUGUCCCGCUGGACUUUGCCCUGCAUCCCCGACCCCGCCCGCCUGCCCGCCGGCCCUCCCAUGGGAGCUGCCUUCGCCAUGGCCUUCCUCUGGCUGGCGGUGUGCCUGACGCCCGUCUCCUGUCUGCUGCAGACGGACCAAGAUCCACACCCAGUGAUUAAGAACUUAAGGAUGGAUCCAGAGAGGAAAAGGAUGAGCUGGGACCUCCACGGAAAUGUUUCCCAAAUUUGGUGCUUUGUGAAUUCAAGACGUGUCCAUAAGGCACAAAACAACACUUACUGCAAAUUUGCUCACAUCCCGUGCCAAGCGACCAACUACAGCGUGAGUGUGACCCAGGGGCCACCGUUCUCCGGGUGGAUUCAGUACCCUAAGCUGGAAGGGAAGGCCAGGGCGGCGGCAGAGAACCUGACCUGCUGGGUUCACGACGUGGACUUGCUGACGUGCAGCUGGGCGGUGGGCAGGGAGGCCCCGCGGGACGCGCAGUACCACCUGUACCUGGAGAACCUACAUUCCUUCCAGAAGUGGCCGUGCUCCCAGUACAGACGGGACGAGUGGGGGACAAACGUCGAGUGUCGGUUCGACGACCUCUCUGUAUUGUCCCCGGAGCUGAACCGUUUCUCGGUCAAUGGCAGCAGCCAAGAGUCCCCGAUCCCCUGCUCUGAAAUCACAAAAACAUUACACGAAAUUGAGAGACUGACCGCGCCCACCAUCACGAGCGCCUGGUGCAACCAGACCUACUCCAUCGUCCAGUGGCAGGUGCGCAGCCACUUCAGGGAGGACUUCGAGUAUGAACUGGAAAUGCAGCAGGGCGCGCACCUCGAACACAAACAGACUGAGGACAACUUCCUGAAGCUGAGCAAUCCUGGAACCUACACCGUGAGAAUAAGAGCCAGGCACACGGCCAUGCUGGCCCCCUCGUGGGGCGAAUGGAGUGCCCAGGAGCGCUUUGUGUGUGGCCGCGCGCCCCUCCCUGUGUGGCUGACCUCCUUGCUGAUCGCGCUGGGGACGCUGCUCGCGCUGGGGCUGGUGCUCCUGCUUUGCAGAAGGUACGCGGUGAUGCAGCAGCUGUUCCCGCCCAUCCCUCAUGUGAAAGACCCCAUCAGUGACCACCUUCAGAACGAGAGGAUGGUACGUGGUGGUCCUGCGGUGCGUGGGUCUGUUGGCCACGAGGGGUGGCCAGGAAAGGUUGCCAGAUGGCCUGGGAGGAAGAGAAGCAGCAGGAGUGCCCAGUGGCGGAGGUGCAGAUUUUGGGGGAAAAGUGAAACUGGUGCACAGCCCUCGCUCUCUGCAGGGAGGAGGGGGCUGGGUGGAGGCGCACAGCCUGGCGGUGGUUGGACGAUUGGGCGUUUGUGAGGGCGGGUGGUGGGGAGCCCAAUGCAGUUUACACAGGGUUAUCUCCCAGAAGAAAAUAAAAUUUCUGUUGCGAUUAUUUCUCAAA